AGCAAGCACACAUUAGUCUUAAUCCUGUUUCGCGUUGUUCACCACCUACAGUUGUGAGUGACACUUAGAAACUUGGGCCCAGUCGAAAUUAAGUGAACUGCAGCAACCCAAACGUCUGAAGAUGAACAGGACCGAAAUUGAAGAAAUGUACAAACUUUGCGACAUGGAUCUACACAUUGCGGAAUCCUACGAUGGUGACCAAAUCGCACCAUCGACUUCCAGUAAGAAAGUUUUAAACAUUGAGCAACAUUCGGCUAUAGUUGAAAGAGUCAUCGAUAGCGAGGACGAGUUCGCUUCGCUUGAAUCCGAAAAGCUUUCAUAUGAAAAAGUGUCCAUUGAAUCAGAAUAUGUGUCAGACAAUUCGACACAUUUUGAGCUUUGUCCCGUAUCGGAAGUUCACAAGGUUAACCCUCCCGUAGUAGAGGUGACCGUCAUAGAAUGCGUUUCCGAUAAUCAACAGCCUGAAGACGUGGUUGUGGAAGAGAAGAAAGACGAAGAGUUCGUCACAGUUUCGUCCAAAGAAUACGAUGAAUCGAUUUACGAAUUUCCCGAAGAGGGUAAAAAUGUCAAUGUCAAAUACGCCCUUGUUUUGCCUGACCACGUCUACGACGUUCCCAGAAAAAGAUGCGGACAAACUCCUGUUCCUGUGCAUGGACAAACUGGCGGGUCAAUGGAAAUGACCGAAUACAACGCGAGAUUAAAGAGAUUGGAGAGGACUGAUGCAGAUGUGGAAGAACAGUCGAGAAUCAGAUACUGGAAUUUCCUUUGGGGUUUGCUGUGCGUUAUUAUUAUUCUGGCGCUUAUUGCCUACGUCUACGUAAUGAUCCAUAUAAUAGUCAAAGCUGGUCGUCGCUACGACGAGCUUUUCAAACCGCAGCCUAAUUUUUAA